AUGCUUUCAGAUAAACAGCUACGUGAAAUUGAGGAAAUUAAAGCAAAAGCUCAGGUUUCUCAUUCUCAGCCUGAUGACCUUAUUGACUUCUACCAUUUGAAGAGCAGGAAGGGCAUGAGCCAGCUGGAGUUGGAAGAUGAGGUCCAAGAUGAUUUGAAACGCACUACUGGGGAAUUCAUUAAGGAUGCUGAUGAUGCAAAUGAGCUAAAUCGCAUUAUUCAACUCACAGGAUUUAGUGAUCCAGUCUAUGCUGAAGCAUAUGUGACGAGCGUCCACAGAACUACCACUCUAGCACCUCAGUCAAGCAAGCAAAUAAAAGCAAAUAUUAAGGUUUCCUCUACUGAGACCGGAGUCAUAUUUGGCAACAUUGUCUAUGAGACUUCCAAUGUGCUUGAGAGGACUGUUAUCGUCUUCAAUGAUAACCAUAUCGAUAUCAUGGACUACAUUUCUCCUGCCUUGUGUAGUGAUGCUGCUUUUAGAACCAUGUGGGCAGAAUUUGAGUGGGAAAACAAGGUUGCCGUCAAUACUACAAUAACAUAUGAGAGAGAAUUUCUUGAUCAUAUAAUUAAAUCCACCAACAUGAAAUGCCUAACUGCACCGUCUGCACUGAAUGGUGAAUGCGGGUUCUUGGCUGCAAAUUUGUAUGCAAAGAGCAUGUUUGGAGAGGAUGCUUUGUUGAAUAUUAGUGUCGAGAAACAGGCCAAUGGCAAACUGAAUGGAUAUAUUAGGAUAAGGAGCAAGACCCAAGGAAUUGCUCUCAGCCUGGGUGACAAGAUCACUCUCAAGCAGAAAUGA